GGAAACUAGAGGCUUUGAAGACUCCGGGCAGAGGAGGCUGCGCGCCCGCCGCUGGUGCUGGGAGCUGUCCAGGGCUGCUGGUGCUGAACAGGGACGUCCCGCCGACCCAAACGCUCUUCGAAGCGCGGAGGGAGAAAGAAGCCCGACGGAGCGGCGCUUCUGCCCGGCGUGGCUGCUGCGAGUUUUUCCCGAAGCGAACCGGAGCGCUCCCGUUGAAAGGGCCCCGUGCGGAAGGGGACGCGGAGCUGCCUCCAUGGGACCCGCGCGUCGGCGGGGAUUGUGAAGCUCCAGCAAGCCGAUCUUCGGUAUGAAGCCGGCGGGAGGCGCUCUCUCGGGGCGAAACUGAGGACUGUCCUUGGACUAUAGCACCCGGGGCUGCUGUUUGCGCUCCGCUUUGGCCUCUGCUUUCCCGUCCGGUUCCGAGAGGCCAUGGUCACACUGCCCCCGAGUCUGUUUACGCUGAAGGAAAGCAGGUAUCAUUUGGAUGUAAAAUAAAAUGGCUAAAGUUGAUACUCACCACUCCUAUUCAGCGGGGCAUAGGCUGUCCAUGAAGACUACUGAUGAUGAGACAGAUAAACUUGACAAUGGAGUCAGUAGGAUCGACUCACCGGGUGAGGACACAUCUUCCGAACUGCAGGGAGUCAUUUCCAUGGAGACAGGCGGCCUGUCUGAAUCCCGAAGGAGCUCAUUCACAGGCAGUGGAGCAAUAGCUAGAUUAUCACGCUUCGUCUUGUCACUGACCUCCUGGGCCAGAAGACACUUGCAUCAUGAAAAUGAAAGGCCUGAUUCUUUCCUUGAGCGCAUCCGAGGACCAGAGCUCCAAGAUGUUCUCAGUAGAGACGGCAAUGCCAACUCUGAAGAGCCAGGACAGCUGAAAAAUCAUUGGGCAUUGGCCAGAUUUAAUGUCAACUACUCCAACAACACCAGUGAAGAAAAGAAGGAGGAAAAGAAAGAUGUUAAAGAGGAAAAAAAGGAGGAAGAAAAGAAAGAGGAUAAAAAAGAGGAAAAGAAAGAGGAAAAAAAGGAUGAAAAGAAAGAGGAAAAGAAAGAAGAGAAAAAAGAUGAUAAGAAAAAAGAACCUGAGAAGCCAAAAGAUAUCUUUGUGAUGGAUCCUGCAAGUAACCUCUAUUACAGGUGGCUGUCCAUCAUUGCAGUACCAGUAUUCUAUAACUGGUGUUUGUUAGUAUGUAGAGCCUGUUUUGAUGAACUUCAAAUGGACAAUAUUAAGCUUUGGUUAAUCUUGGACUAUUCUUCCGAUUUUGUCUACUUCUUGGACACUCUGGUCAGGGUUAGAACAGGUUUCCUUGAACAAGGACUUCUAGUUCGAGACGAAAAGAAGCUAAGGCAAAAUUAUCAAUCAACUAGACAGUUCAAAUUGGACAUUUUGUCCCUUUUACCAACAGACCUAUUUUAUUUAAAAUUUGGAUUGAACUACCCUGAGCUGAGGUUUAACCGCCUUCUGAGACUUUCCAGGCUAUUUGAGUUUUUUGACCGUACAGAAACAAGAACAAACUACCCAAAUAUAUUUCGUAUUGGGAAUCUUGUCUUGUAUAUUCUAAUCAUUAUCCACUGGAAUGCAUGUAUAUACUUUGCCAUCUCAAAGCAAAUUGGCUUUGGGUCAGACACUUGGGUCUAUCCCAAUGUAUCUGUUCCAGAAUAUGCACGUCUAUCUAGAAAGUAUAUUUACAGUUUGUAUUGGUCAACACUGACAUUGACAACCAUCGGGGAAACUCCCCCUCCAGUGAAAGAUGAAGAGUUUCUGUUUGUGGUCAUUGACUUCCUAGUUGGUGUGCUCAUCUUUGCUACCAUUGUUGGUAAUGUAGGCUCUAUGAUUUCUAACAUGAAUGCCUCUAGGGCAGAGUUUCAGGCCAAAGUUGACGCAAUCAAACAGUACAUGCACUUCCGAAAGGUCAGUAAAGAUUUGGAAGCCAGGGUUAUUAAAUGGUUUGAUUACCUGUGGACCAACAAGAAAACAGUGGAAGAGAAGGAAGUUCUUAAGUACCUUCCUGACAAACUGAAAGCUGAGAUUGCUAUAAAUGUCCACUUGGAUACACUAAGAAAAGUACGCAUCUUCCAGGAUUGUGAAGCAGGGCUCCUGGUUGAACUGGUGUUGAAGCUAAGACCUACUGUCUUCAGUCCUGGAGACUAUAUCUGUAAGAAAGGGGACAUUGGGAGAGAAAUGUAUAUUAUCAAAGAAGGGAAACUAGCUGUUGUGGCUGAUGAUGGCGUGACACAGUUUGUGGUCCUAAGUGAUGGCAGCUAUUUUGGGGAAAUCAGCAUCUUGAACAUCAAAGGCAGCAAAUCUGGUAACAGGAGAACAGCCAAUAUCAGGAGCAUAGGCUAUUCUGAUCUGUUUUGCUUGUCUAAAGUUGACCUGAUGGAAGCGCUCACAGAGUACCCUGAUGCUAAACAGGCACUGGAAGAGAAAGGACGGCAAAUUUUGAUGAAAGACAACUUAAUUGAUGAAGAAGCAGCCAAAGCAGGAGCUGACCCCAAAGACUUGGAAGAGAAAAUAAAUAAACUCGAAGGACUUCUAGACAGUCUGCAGACCAGGUUUGCUCGGCUCCUAGGAGAGUUCACUGCUAAUCAAACGAAAGUCAAGCAGAGACUUGUAAAAGUAGAGAACAAAGUAAAGAAAUAUGGAAGUGGUACCUUGUCAGAAGAUGAGGCUGAAAAGGCAUAGGAGGAGAUGAAGAACUGUGUGCUCCUUAAUCUUCAUUCAUCCCAUGAGCGAGAUGAAUGCACGUGCAAAUAUGUAAACAUGGUUGUUUUUAUAUGGCUCAAGAAUGUACUGCUAGAGUUUUUAACAGAAGUAAUUCAGUUGUAAAUAGGAAAUUCAUUCAUUUUGUGGCGUUUUUAGAAAAAAGAUCUUCACAUUCAGUUUUUGUUCCUUUUGUACUAGGAAAAUCAUGAGGCACAAUCAAACUUCCUUGAAGAUGAUUUCUGUGGGUCUGACUACGUAGAUUAUAUUGUCACUUUUGUAUUUGCUGCUGACUGUUAUGUAAAUUAAUAGUCUGAUGAGACAAAUCCAUGCACAUAACCAAUCUAGUUUCACAUUUUUCUACCUUGGAAUCGUAGUUGCCUCUCAGUAAAUACAGUAUGUGUGCUUUUACAGUAAUUCAUUCUGUUUACUUUAAAGAUAAUAGAUUUGUGAAGACCGGUAUAAUAUUUGUAGUCCUUCACACUAUGAUCAAACUGUUCUUGUACUUCUGUGCCACAGAUUUCAAGUUCAUGUAUUUUGGUUUUGAUGUACUAUGGACAUUGGAAAGUCCAGAUGAUUUACUCUCAGGAUAUGUGCAUAACUGACAGUCAGGCUGCAGCGGAUGUGCACUCACCACAUUUCGUAUAGUCCUUUCUCAGGGACUCGUUUCAUAGCACAAAGAGCAUGGCAACAAUCCAGCCCAUAAUAAGGUUUUACUGACCCUCUUCUAUGGGAAGGUCGGCACAUUCUUAAACAUCUCUAGGAGUGACCUCAUGGGAAAGGGGUUCUACCCAUGCUAGGAUCUGGUUAUGCACAGUGUUGAUUGGUUAAUACCUAUAACAUCACGAAUGCAGCUUCUUUUUCUCUCAGGAACAUGAUUUCAACUUUCAAAAAAUGAAUUGUGGACUAUUUUUAAAAAAGUAAAACACUGAACAAACUUUUAAUUGCACAAAUAUAUGUGUGAUACCUUAAACUAUGAAAUGCUUGAAGCAUGGAGAAAGAGGGAGAAGGGAUCAUUGCUCAUAUUGUUUGCAAGUAUGUCUGUUGUUUGCAGUGUGAAAGUGAUGGUGAUGGGGAGAGGUUGGUUCACUUUAGUGAAUAAAAAUCAUCAGCUACAUAUGUUUGUACUCUCUGUUUAACAUACAAGAGUAAACUGUGUUAACUUGUA